GCUACCCACCCUCAAUUCUCUGUCCCACCCCUGUUUUCAAAACAGAGUCACUCUGUUUGUGCUGCAUUGCCUUCUCAUUCCCCCUUCUUUUCUUUUUUUUCUCUUCAUGGCUCCUCUUCUCCCUUUAAUUUUCUUCCUCAUGUUCUCUUCAAAUAGUGCUCAGGGUCCCCCCUCACCUGGCUAUAACCCCAGUUCCAAAAUUAGCACAGUAGGGUUUGAUCAGGUUUUUAGAAACCUAUGGGGACCUAAGCAUCAGAAUUUAGACCAGGGUGCAUUAACAAUCUGGCUUGAUUCUAGCUCAGGAAGUGGGUUCAAGUCACUUCAUCCAUAUCGUUCUGGAUAUUUUGGAGCAGCCGUCAAGCUCCAACCAGGUUAUACUGCUGGAGUAAUUACAUCAUUUUAUCUCUCUAACAAUGAAGAACACCCAGGGAACCACGAUGAAAUCGAUAUCGAGUUCCUCGGGACAACCCCCGGGAAGCCCUACACUCUGCAAACCAAUGUGUACAUUAGAGGAAGUGGAGAUGGAAACAUCAUUGGGAGAGAGAAGAAGUUUCAUCUCUGGUUUGAUCCAACACAAGACUUUCAUAACUACGCUAUAGUAUGGAACCCUACUGAGAUCAUAUUCCUGGUGGAUGAUGUGCCCAUAAGAAGGUACCAAAGAAAGAGUGAUGCCACGUUUCCAUUGAGGCCAAUGUGGGCAUAUGGAUCCAUAUGGGAUGCAUCAACAUGGGCCACAGAGGAUGGAAAAUACAAAGCCGACUACAAUUACCAACCUUUUAUUGGAAGGUACAACAAUUUCAAACUAGGUGGGUGCACAGCCGAUGGCCCUACUACAACCUCAUGCCAGCCGCCCUCGGCCUCCCCCUCUGGCGCAACGGGGCUGAGCCAGCAGCAGAACUCAGCCAUGGAGUGGGUGCAGAGGAACUACUUGGUGUAUGACUAUUGCCGGGACCCCAAGAGAGACCAUACACAGACACCUGAGUGUUGAAGAGUCUGGCUUGCACUUCGGUUUCCCAAGUGAUGCAUAUAAUAUUUACACAAGUGAAUUAAUUGUUGUCGUUUAUAGUUAUAAGCAGUUUGUUUGGACUUGAUUGGAGGGCCUUGAGAUGGAUCCCACUUGCUCUAAAUGGGUGCAGCAAGAGGGGUUGUUGAGCGUCCAAGGCCUUUUGGAUUUGGAUUAUUGCAUUUUUUUCGUUUCUUUUUGCAGUGUCAUUUGAUGAUUGCUUUUGUUGUACCAAACAAUGUACGAUUAAUAAAUUUAUGUGAUAGGGCAUGGUUUUAAUAAAUUGUUCUUCGGUUUUUUUAUGCCCCGCAGAGAGAAAUGGGUCCGAUUAUUAUGCCA